AUGCGAGAACCCUUCAUUCUCUUUUUGCAAUCAGAGAAGUCAAAAUUCUCUCUUUGCUAUCUGAGAACUAUUCAUUCUCUCUUUGCAGUCAAAGAACCCUUCAUUAUUUGUUUGCAUUCUGAGAACCCAUUAAUCUCUUUCGAGAACCCGCCAUUCUCUGUUUACAAUCUAAGAACCCUUCAUUCUCUGUUUGCUAUCCGUGAACACUUUCUCUGUUUGCAACCUGAAGAGCCUUUCUUCCCUUUCGAGAACUCUUCAUUCUCUGUUUGCUAUCUGAGAAUCUUUUCAUUCUGUCAAUGCAAUCUGAGAAUUCUUCAUUCUCUGUUUGCAGUUCGAGAACUCUUCAUUCUCUGUUUGCUAUCUGAGAAUCUUUCAUUCUGUCAAUGCAAUCUGAGAAUUCUUCAUUCUCUGUUUGCAGUUCGAGAACUCUUCAUUCUCUGUUUGCUAUCUGAGAAUCUUUCAUUCUGUCAAUGCAAUCUGAGAAUUCUUCAUUCUCUGUUUGCAGUUCGAGAACUCUUCAUUCUCUGUUUGCUAUCUGAGAAUCUUUCAUUCUGUCAAUGCAAUCUGAGAAUUCUUCAUUCUCUGUUUGCAGUUCGAGAACUCUUCAUUCUCUGUUUGCUAUCUGAGAAUCUUUCAUUCUGUCAAUGCAAUCUGAGAAUUCUUCAUUCUCUGUUUGCAGUUCGAGAACUCUUCAUUCUCUGUUUGCUAUCUGAGAAUCUUUCAUUCUGUCAAUGCAAUCUGAGAAUUCUUCAUUCUCUGUUUGCAGUUCGAGAACUCUUCAUUCUCUGUUUGCUAUCUGAGAAUCUUUCAUUCUGUCAAUGCAAUCUGAGAAUUCUUCAUUCUCUGUUUGCAGUUCGAGAACUCUUCAUUCUCUGUUUGCUAUCUGAGAAUCUUUCAUUCUGUCAAUGCAAUCUGAGAAUUCUUCAUUCUCUGUUUGCAGUUCGAGAACUCUUCAUUCUCUUUCGAGAACUCUUCAUUCUCUGUUUGCUAUCUGAGAAUCUUUCAUUCUGUCAAUGCAAUCUGAGAAUUCUUCAUUCUCUGUUUGCAGUUCGAGAACUCUUCAUUCUCUGUUUGCUAUCUGAGAAUCUUUCAUUCUGUCAAUGCAAUCUGAGAAUUCUUCAUUCUCUGUUUGCAGUUCGAGAACUCUUCAUUCUCUGUUUGCUAUCUGAGAAUCUUUCAUUCUGUCAAUGCAAUCUGAGAAUUCUUCAUUCUCUGUUUGCAGUUCGAGAACUCUUCAUUCUCUGUUUGCUAUCUGAGAAUCUUUCAUUCUGUCAAUGCAAUCUGAGAAUUCUUCAUUCUCUGUUUGCAGUUCGAGAACUCUUCAUUCUCUGUUUGCUAUCUGAGAAUCUUUCAUUCUGUCAAUGCAAUCUGAGAAUUCUUCAUUCUCUGUUUGCAGUUCGAGAACUCUUCAUUCUCUGUUUGCUAUCUGAGAAUCUUUCAUUCUGUCAAUGCAAUCUGAGAAUUCUUCAUUCUCUGUUUGCAGUUCGAGAACUCUUCAUUCUCUGUUUGCUAUCUGAGAAUCUUUCAUUCUGUCAAUGCAAUCUGAGAAUUCUUCAUUCUCUGUUUGCAGUUCGAGAACUCUUCAUUCUCUGUUUGCUAUCUGAGAAUCUUUCAUUCUGUCAAUGCAAUCUGAGAAUUCUUCAUUCUCUGUUUGCAGUUCGAGAACUCUUCAUUCUCUGUUUGCUAUCUGAGAAUCUUUCAUUCUGUCAAUGCAAUCUGAGAAUUCUUCAUUCUCUGUUUGCAGUUCGAGAACUCUUCAUUCUCUGUUUGCUAUCUGAGAAUCUUUCAUUCUGUCAAUGCAAUCUGAGAAUUCUUCAUUCUCUGUUUGCAGUUCGAGAACUCUUCAUUCUCUGUUUGCUAUCUGAGAAUCUUUCAUUCUGUCAAUGCAAUCUGAGAAUUCUUCAUUCUCUGUUUGCAGUUCGAGAACUCUUCAUUCUCUGUUUGCUAUCUGAGAAUCUUUCAUUCUGUCAAUGCAAUCUGAGAAUUCUUCAUUCUCUGUUUGCAGUUCGAGAACUCUUCAUUCUCUGUUUGCUAUCUGAGAAUCUUUCAUUCUGUCAAUGCAAUCUGAGAAUUCUUCAUUCUCUGUUUGCAGUUCGAGAACUCUUCAUUCUCUGUUUGCUAUCUGAGAAUCUUUCAUUCUGUCAAUGCAAUCUGAGAAUUCUUCAUUCUCUGUUUGCAGUUCGAGAACUCUUCAUUCUCUGUUUGCUAUCUGAGAAUCUUUCAUUCUGUCAAUGCAAUCUGAGAAUUCUUCAUUCUCUGUUUGCAGUUCGAGAACUCUUCAUUCUCUGUUUGCUAUCUGAGAAUCUUUUCAUUCUGUCAAUGCAAUCUGAGAAUUCUUCAUUCUCUGUUUGCAGUUCGAGAACUCUUCAUUCUCUGUUUGCUAUCUGA